AUGUCAGGAACAUCUCAGCACCUGCUUAUUGCUGAUUAUUUGAUUCUUUCCUUACCACAGUCAGCGCAUGCCGAAGAAUGGUUAGAACAAUCUUUAAACAAUGGUAAGCAACCAUUGUACAAGUUGAAAAUUCCAGAUUUCCAGAGUGGCACUUUGGACUCCUUGGUGCAAGAAAGCGAGGAGUUGAGCAAAAUUGAUCAGCAGUUGGGUGGCUCAGUUUCCAAAGUUGUGGAGAUUUUGAACUCCGUGAGCGAGUCCAAGUCAAACUCAAACUCGUCACGCACAAUCCAAUCGAGAUCUGUUUUUGACUAUGUUCAAAAUUUCCAAUGGAAUACCUCGAAGUAUCGUCUAGACAAACCAAUUAGUCAGUUGGUGAAGAUUAUCUCAAGUGAAGCCGUAACAUUGGACAGCGAUGUUCGUUCUACUUUUCAAAAUUACCAAACGGCAAAAUCCAAUUUCUUGGCAGCUGAUAGGAAGAGAAAUGGGGACUUGUCAAUCAAGUCGCUCCACGAGAUUGUCAAGCCAGAGCAGUUUGUUUUGGACUCGGAAAACUUGGUCACCAUUCUAAUUGCUGUGCCAAACAAUUUAGUUUCCGAGUUUAAAAACAAAUAUGAAACACUAACACAGUUUGUAAUACCCAGAUCCGCCGAGGCGAUUGCAAAGGAUCUGGAGUUUACCUUGUUUACAGUUACACUUUUCAAGAAGUUUCAGCAAGAGUUUAUCAACAAUGCACGCGAACAAAAGUGGCACCCACGUACUGAUUUUGUUUACAGCGAAGAAACCUUGAAUAACUUGAGAAAAGAGUUUGAUAUCACAAAGGCCACCGAGUCCAAGCUGAAGAAUGAGGUAAUCAGAUUGAGCAAAACCGCAUACCUGGACAUUGUUGCGUGCUGGUUUCAUAUCAAAGUCAUCCGUGUUUACGUUGAAGCUGUUCUUAGAUACGGUUUACCACCACAAUUCGAUAACUACUUGAUCAAAUUUGAAGGCAGUAACCUCAAGAACCUUGGAAAGGCCAAGAAAGAGUUGGUUGAAAAAUUCGGUUACUUGGGAGGUGAUGGAUACUCAACAAACUCUAAUUUACACGAGUAUGCUUCAUUGGUUGAUUCGGAUUAUGAACCGUUUGUUCUUUACAACUUUGAGGUUGUUUAA